GCGCUUAUCGUCGUCGCGGCGACCCGCUCGAGCUCGACGCCGAUUGUCCGAUGUCGUUACCGUGACCUGUGACAUUUCGAUGUGCGGUGCGUACCGAUUUGUACGCCGUGUCGGUCGGCAACGCGGCCGAUAGUAGACCGUAGAUGGUAGAUCGUCAAAAGGUGCCUGCGUUUGUUUCGUCUGAAUGAACAGGGAAACGCACAGCUACCAUCUCCGAUGAUAUCACUGAUUAGGAGAAAAUUACAUUUUUACACCUGCAAUCACACAUUUUAGCGUCUUCAAUACGAACACAUGCCAGGCGCUGUCGCGUGGCGAUCAAGAAUCAGAGAUCAAUAAUAAAAGAUGAAGCAAUUAGAUAAAAAGUAGUGAAUAUUAUCUAUUUCAAACGGUCAGAAUAUUACGCAUUUCAUGUAAGAUAUUUUGGUAAAUUCGAACGAGAUCGGAGAUCGAAUAUCUCUAACUCUAAAGCCUGCUUAUAUUUUUUUACCGCUCGGAAUUCUCUCAUUCCUUCAUCAGAAGUCAUUCAAUACGGUUUGGCGCGGAUGAAUAAGACGAACGUUAAGAAACGUUCGUCAGCUACCACUUAAAUGUCGAGAACGUCCGACUUUUCAUUCGAGUGACUUUUCAUCUCGUCGGAGGCAAGCAGUGGGAACUAGUGGGAUCGUCGGGGCAUUCGAUUCUGACCAAGCGAAAGCGGAGAAAAAAAUUGUCGUAAUACUUGUCUAAAGAUUGAAUUCGACAGUGCGGGAGGUGAAGCCGGAGAAAGACGAGGAACAAGAAGAGGCGGCCAAGUGGCAGUGGCGCCAGGGGAAAGAGAUAGUGGCGAGAGCAGCAGGAGGUUGGCGGGAGGUGAAGGUGCUGCCGCGGAGGAUUUCAAGCCGUGCCCCCGGCGAGAUACGAGUUGCUUGUAUAGAUCUAUAUGCACAGUAAAAUUGUGGCGACGGAGGAACCUCGGUUGCGAAUAUCUGGGUCAUACAGCCGUCUUCUCGGCGUUGCAGCUUGUUCUCCAUAAUUUUGUGAAAUUCCCUCGAUGCGGCAAAAAAGUGGAGACCCAUCGGUGACCAAAGGAGCUCUUACCUAGUUAAGAUUACUCGAGAGACACGACAGUAUAGAACGAUAGAUGUAACUGCGAAAAUGUAAAGUAACGAUACAUCGUUGCGCUUAACGUUUCGCGAAAUGAACGAUAUGUUGAAUAUUAGAUAAGGACACACGGAGCACGAAUAUCGAGCGAAAUGCAUAACGCUGCGAUUUUUUGCGUAAUUGAAAAUCCGUUUGCAGAGUAGAUGGAUAAUGGGUAUCGAAUACAUGACCUGCUGCGGAACAAAGCCGCAACCUAUAGGAACCAUCGCGUUAAUGCCACUUAUGUCUGAGAGCGGUAAGUGAGCUAUAGAUAUAUCGCGUUUUACUCCGCCGAGAGAAUCCGUAAUGAUCCGCACGGAUCAGUGAUUUGCAGCUCAAGAGUGGAUCGGCCCGAUACCGACCGCGCGCGAUAACGAGCUGUUACAUCGUUAUGCGGUUACGUAAAAAGGAUCCACUUGGAUUCCCACGGGGACAAUUGCCGAGAAAAAUCCACGCGAGGGCUAUUAUCCGAAUCGUGAUCGUUUCACACGCGACAACUCGUUACCACCUUUCAUCUUGAACACGCUCGAGCCAACCGACUCGAUAAAUAAUGAACUCCCGCAGUCAUUUGUCAAGCUCACCGGGGACAAACGAAUGUUCGUCGGGGGUAGAGUCGUCGGCCUAAAUGGGAGAGAUCAACGGAAGGCACCGAUUAGCACCGCGACGUUUCGUGUUUUAUCGCUAGUGUUACACAAGAAUCAUGUCCCUUUGACCCGGGAGUCGAAAAGUCAACGGUGUAUAAGCGAUCGGUCUUUACGAUUUAUUACGCUCGCAAAGUGAUAUAUCGAUGAAAGGAGCACCGAGCUGGAAUGCCGAGUUUCGUAAUUAAAAUGAUGGUUAGUAGCGAUCCUUUCGAAGGGACGCGGAACGCUUUUCGAUCGUGAACUCUCACCGUGAGCGUUCGCCCUAGAAAUGCGAGAGUCAGCUGAUUCGGAUCGCGAUCAGUGCAGUCAUACCGGGCAGUGCGAUCAGUCGCGCGGGAGAUAACGGUGCCCGAAAAAACGACUUGUAACUUCAUGACAGUGCUCGCACUCGAGACUCGCGGACGAACGAACGUGAGGUCUUAUCUCGUGCGUGGAAUCGGGCAACAUCGAGCAACAUGAGGCGACGAAACAACGGUUCCUCCUGCUUCUGCCAGACGUCUUCGAUCAAGAGAAGUGGCCGUGGCGGAUGCAACGAGACUGAGGCGAACGAGCCACCGGGAUGGUGCAUCUACGCGGCGGUCGCGCUCGUCGCGGUCGGUUGUUAUCUGAACGCGCUCGACUGCGACUUCGUGCACGACGACAUACCGGCGGUAGUGAGGAACAGGGAUGUGAUCGGCGAGGCAUCGUGGAGCAGUGUGCUCAACGACGAUUUCUGGGGCACGCCAAUGGAGAGCCGCAAUAGUCACAAGAGCUAUCGACCUUUCACCACUCUGACGUUUCGGUUGAACUACUUGAUGGCGGGUUUGAGUCCCAUGUGGUAUCACGCCACGAACGUCGCCUUACACGCCGCCGCGUGCAUCUUGGUCACCAGAGUGAGUCUCGUGGUAGCUGCACUUCGACCAGGAUUCGCAGCCCUCGCCGGGCUGCUGUUCGCCGCACAUCCGGUACACACGGAAGCGGUGACUGGCAUCGUAGGCAGAGCGGAUGUUCUAGCGUGUAUCUUCUUUUUGCUGUCCUUUCUUGCCUAUCAUGGCCAGCAGACAGCUUACGUAUGGUCCAGCGUUUGCCUAGGUGCCCUGUCGAUGCUGGCGAAGGAAACUGGCGUUACUGUUCUGGCACUAAACUUUCUUUACGAUCUCUGUCGUUCCUGGCAUUCAAUCAAGAGGUCUAUUUCGGAUUUCAAGUGGAACGAUGAUUCUAGAUAUUUUUCAAGACGUGCUGCAGCAUUACUUUUUUCGUUUAUCAUACUUCUUGUGGUACGGCUCGCUCUACUUCAUGGUACUUUGCCGAACUUCUCCGCACAGGAUAAUCCAGCUGCUUUUCAUCCCUAUUUCCACGUCAGAUUAUUGACUUUUUGCUACUUGGCAGCGUUGAAUUGUUGGUUGCUUCUGUGUCCAGCUAUACUGUCCCAUGAUUGGCAAAUGGGAUCUGUUCCUUUGGUUACGUCUUUUACGGAUACCAGAAAUCUAGCCACCUGUACAUUCUUCGGCGGUUGCCUGGUUCUCACGUACAAAGCUUUCACGGAUUUCGAGCAACAGAGACAUCCACCUCUUGUUCUUGGCUGGAUGUUUCUCGUGCUGCCGUUCCUACCUGCGUCCAAUCUUUUUGUUACCGUGGGUUUUGUUGUGGCGGAGCGAGUUUUGUAUACACCGAGCGUCGGAUGGAUUAUUUUGAUCGUUUAUGGUAUGCAGCUGAGCUGGACUGCUGUACCACGACGAAGAAGCUGGAUCACUACAGGCGUAGUUCUCAUGCUUGUUUUAGGAUGUUUCAAAACGGUUCUUCGGAAUAACGAUUGGACAUCUAGAGAGACUUUAAUCAAAGCGGGUCUGCGGUCUCUACCCUACAAUGCCAAGAUGCAUUACAACUUUGCUAACUUCCUUAAAGACACGUCGCAACCAAACCUUGCGGUCCACCAUUAUCAGUUGGCUCUCUGGCUUUGGCCAGGAUACGCCAGUGCACAUAAUAAUCUUGGAACUCUAACGAUAGACGAUCAAGCGGAAUACCAUUUUCUAGCAGCUAUUAACGCUCAACCUGGUCAUGUAAAUGCUCAUUAUAAUCUCGGACGAUUGUACAGAAGAACAAACCGAACUGAACAAUGCAUCGAGAUGCUAAGAAAAUGCGUGUUGCUAGAUCCGGCAUAUGCGCCGGCAUUUAGAGUUCUGGCGAGAAUCGCUACCGGUCCUGCAACAGGCGAGCUCCUGAGGCACGUAAUUCACCUUCAACCACGAAACCCGGACGCGCUCGCUGAGUAUGCUUACUGGUUGUACAAGAACGGCAAAUGGUUGCCUUCGCUCCGAUACUAUUUCAAAGCAAUGGAGAUCUUUCCAUCGCACAAACCGUCGCUUAUUGGUACGCUCAGGAUUCUGAGGUCGCGAGGUCAAUGGUCCAGGGUACACCAGCUCAUCAUCAGAUGGCAUUUAAUGUUACGAGCAAAACGAGGAGGCUUCAUCUAUCGCGGGGAUUUGUACAUUCGUGCGUGGGAAUUACAAAGCGAGUCUCGUCAAAGGGCUCAUCAACAUCAACGGAAUCUUUGUAUAUCGGAGAACGGAUGUUCGAGGCCGCGCGUGGCCAGCGUGUCGGUGCAGCUCGAACAAGACAGCAACAAGUCGGAACAGCUGCAACGGGCGCCGCGUUGUAACGUGCGCGCUUGCAGACAGCCAAGAAAAGGGAAGGCACGCGUGACCGCGCCCACCCUGCUCGUGCAAAAUUUCCUGGAGACGCUUUAGUCCGCCCCAAUCGGGGAACGGGUCUACCUCCUGCUCGUUCACCAGCUGAAAACGAGUCGCGGAAGGUGAAGAGAGGAGCGGCGAUGCUCCGACCGCGUAGCAGCCUCGUCCGACGAUCGUCAGUGACGAAGAGAGUCCUAUUAUAGUGGAAUGCCUGAAUAUUUUUCGUAUGCCGUGUUUGUGUGCGCUAUCCUCCGCAAGCUCGAUCUCGUCGCGGAUCAAUCACGAUAACGAAAUGGAAAAAAAAAAAGAAAAGGUACGCAUGUAUCGUUAUCGUUUAUAUACAUAUAUAUGUGUCCUCGCGUUUUUCGUGGCAUCCUGUUUAUCCUGUCGAUCGGACAGCGACGAUGCGAGUCGCGAUCUCUUCGAAAAUAAUGUCGCAAACGAAAAAGAAGAAAAAAAAAUAACAGAAAAAAAAAGCAAACAGAUGCCUGCUCCGUAGAUAACUUUGGCUUGGAACGUGAUUGUGAAAACGUUCUGAAAUCGUUCACGCUAGGACAAAUGACAAUGUGCGCUGAUGAUGAGAAUCGAAUGCUAGAAUUAAAUUUCUUGAAAAUUAUUUUGCCACUUUUAAAUUCAUCAUAAGAAUACUUAACGAGAGAGGACCAAGGGAGAUUCGAGCGAUUAACAUGCGACGAACGAUUAUGCGAAUUUUCUCGCGUAUUGAUUAAAUGCAUAAUCAAAUGUGACAUAAAACCGUGUGCGUUCAAGCGUGUAUCUAUCUAUACUUUUGAAACAUGAUAAUUGUAAUUGGUAAUAUAGUUACAUGUAGAAUGACGUGUUUCUAUAAAUAUUUGCUGUAUCUCAUGUGUGCUUUCAACGUUUUUAUGAUAUCCGUUUUGAUAAAGGGAUAAAACUGCCAUUAUACAUGUAAUAGAAAUACAUGUCAAAAAUACAAGGUGUUUCAACAAAUAAUAUCACAAUAAAAAUUGAGGAUUCGUGAAAAAUAUUAUGGCAAAAAAAUUUCGAUGGGCAAAGCGAAACGUAUAGUCGUUUCAAAAAUAUUUUAUAUGAAUGGAUAUCAUCAUAUUAAGAAUAAAUCGAUCUUCUUAAAGAGUCAACUUGUAAACAUUUAUAAUUUUUAUUGCCAAAAAAUAUAUACACAUACACAUAUACAUGUACAUUCAAGAUACACACUAUAUUUUUUCUGUCAUUUAUACGAUGAGGUUGAAAUUUAUACACGAAAAAAUAAAAUCAUGACGUCGAAUUUUAUCUUUUUCAUGGCAAUGAUAGUAUGAGAUAGUAUGAGGUAAAUAUGGAAAGACUUUCUCGAAUCAUACUUUGUGUUCCUCUCUCGUAGACACGCAAUUUUACGCACGUACAUACACGGUGCCAAUACUAGGGUAAUGAAUGUGCCGCUAAUCUGCGGCGUUUGGUAUGGCUUUUGUAUGAAAAUA